AACGCCUUCACCUCACCCAUCACAGAGGAUGGCUAACGACUCAGAACCCCCAGCAGACGUCUGCCCUGUAGACCCAGCUACACGCGCAGCAUGGCUCAAAUCCAACUCCUCGCGCCCCGUUUUCCCCGGCGCAACCGUGCAAGCCAGUGAGGCCGGCAAUAGCAGCAGCUGUGAUUCCAAGAGCGUCGACCAGACGCCUCCUCCCGCUGCACGCCCAGGGUUCUUCUCGCGCUUUACAUCUCCCGCGACGCCCUCUGAAACUCCCAACCUGGGUGUUGAAAGAGAAAUAUCAACGAUUCCGAGAGCAUCGCCUGUGAACAAGGAGGCGCGGCCUGCCAACAGCGAGGCGGAAGGCGGAGUCAGCGAGAGUGGCAAUUGGAUCUAUCCUAGCGAGAAGAUGUUCUUUGAGGCGAUGAAGAGGAAGGGCCAUGCGGGCGAUGCGAAGGAUAUGAAAAUGAUUGUACCGAUCCAUAAUGCGGUUAAUGAGCGGGCGUGGAAGGAGAUCAAGGAGUGGGAACGGCCUUGGGGCAGUGAGCAGAAAUGUGGCGGUCCGAAACUAGAAUCUUUCCUCGGCUUGUCAACCACCAUGAGCCCCAAGGCUAGGUUAAAUACCCUCCUGGGAUACACGGCACCGUUUGAUAGACAUGACUGGGUUGUUGAUAGAUGCGGGAAGAGGGUGGAAUAUGUGAUUGACUUUUAUGCGGGGAGGGACGAUGGAAAGGGGAAUGGGAAGCUGAAUUUCUUCCUGGAUGUGAGACCUAAACUGAACACUUGGGAGGGCUGGAAGAUGAGAGCUUCCAAACUUCUUGGCUUGGUAUGAGGUGUUCUUCGGAUAGAUCAUUCGAAGCCGGUGGAUCUGGACAUAUAUGGAAAAUCCCCGCUUCUACAAGAUCUGUAUUAACAGCAGCGUUGGCACCUGGUUCGGCCACCUAUAUGUAGUAUAUGUAAAACACCUAUCUCAUUUCAAUUGGUAUAUUGGAACAUUAUC